AUGGAUCAAUCGUGGCAGCAGUAUCCCGACCCGGCCGGUGCCUCGCGACGACACAACGGCGGAGGACAAAUGCCUAGAGACUAUGCAGGCCAGCCGCCGCCUCCUGCUGCCGCGCCCUAUGGCUACGAUCACGGGCAAUAUCACCGCGCUGCUGGUCUUCCUCACAUCCACCCCUCUGGCCAUCCCAUGAACCUCGCCGGACCAAAUCCAGCCACCUCAUCCCCCAUGGCAGCUGGUCCUUCUCCUCGCGACGGCAACGGAGACGUCGCAAUGCAUGAUGCCCACGAUGCCCACGCCGGCAUCAAGUAUCCUAUGAGGCCUCAUCACCAGUCACAUCCCUCUAGUGGUCGCUCCUCCAACCUCCAGUCGCCCCAUGAGCAACAACCGUCGUCUGCCGCCCAGAGAUACUCUCCCAUGGACACGCUGUCUCCCACCUCGCCCUACGCACCUAAAACGAGUCAAUUUGCGAACCCGCCCCCGCAAGGACAGUCACCGAGCGCCCAGCCUGAAUAUCCUCAGAGUCCCUACUACGCCGGACGCCAAGGCGGUCAACAACUGCCUCCAAUCACUCCUUUUGCCUCAUCGCAAGAUGGCUACCCUUCCUCUGCUGUGGCAAACCUCGACGCGGCCUAUUCUAAUGGCCCCAAGUCCCCCGCACGACCGAGCCAACCGGCGCAGAAGCCUGUGCCCGAGUUCCGCAAGGUGCGAGCUCUGACUGAGCUGCGACCGAAGAACAACCGUCAACCAGCUUUCAGACGAGCUAAUCCAGAGGGAGGUUUCAUCAGUCCUCUCCAAGCUCUUACAUCUCACUUGCCGGCUACAUACCGCAUAUGCAACCCUAGCUUCAAAUACGAGACCUCGAGGAACCCUCGUCGAGUCCUGACUAAACCCAGCAAAGGAGUCAAGAAUGAUGGCUAUGACAACGAGGAUAGUGACUAUAUUCUCUACGUGAACGACAUCUUGGGCUCGGAGGAAGCAGGUCACAAGAAUCGUUACCUUAUCUUAGAUGUGCUUGGUCAAGGCACUUUCGGUCAGGUCGUCAAGUGUCAAAAUUUGAAGACGCAAGAAGUUGUCGCCGUCAAGGUCAUAAAAAACCGUACAGCUUAUUUUAACCAGAGUAUGAUGGAAGUUUCGGUGCUCGAUUUGCUGAACACGAAACUCGACAAGAAUGAUGACCAUCAUCUCUUGCGACUGAAGGACACAUUUAUUCACCGGCAACAUCUUUGUCUAGUAUUCGAAUUAUUGAGUGUUAACUUGUACGAGCUUAUCAAGCAGAACCAAUUCCGUGGACUCAGUACCACUCUUGUUCGAGUAUUUGCACAACAACUACUCAAUGGCCUCGCCUUGUUGAACAAAGCUCGCCUGAUUCAUUGCGAUCUCAAGCCAGAAAAUAUUCUGCUCAAAAACUUGGAGAGCCCCAUUAUCAAGAUUAUCGAUUUCGGAUCCGCUUGCGACGAGCGACAAACAGUGUAUACAUACAUCCAAUCCAGAUUCUACCGCUCACCAGAGGUGCUCCUUGGCCUGCCAUACUCGUCGGCUAUCGAUAUGUGGUCCUUGGGUUGUAUUGUAGUUGAACUCUUCCUUGGUCUGCCGCUAUUCCCGGGAUCAUCAGAGUAUAACCAAGUCUCACGGAUCGUCGAGAUGCUUGGCAAUCCUCAGAACUGGAUGAUUGAGAUGGGCAAACAGGCCGGCGAGUUCUUUGAGAAGCGCCAAGACGAAUUCGGUAGACGGACAUAUCACUUGAAGAGCAUGGAACAGUACGCUCGGGAGCACAACACGAAGGAACAGCCUAGCAAGAAGUACUUCCAACAAAGCACCUUGCCCGAUAUCAUCAAAUCAUACCCCAUGCCGCGCAAGAACAUGAAGCAAAGCGAAAUCGAUCGAGAAAUGAACAACCGAAUAGCCUUCAUCGAUUUUGUGCGAGGCUUGUUAACCAUCAAUCCCCUGGAGAGAUGGUCCCCCCAACAAGCCAAGCUGCAUCCAUUCAUUACGCAGCAAAAGUUCACGGGCCCUUUUGUUCCCCCCAUGAAUCUCAAAGCAAGUUCUUUGAAUCGAUCGCCGGCACCAGGAACACAACAGCAGCAGCAGGCAGAGGCCCUGAGCAAGCAGCGUGCUCAGGCGGCACAAGCUCAAGCCAAUUCUGCUGCGCAUUCGGCCGCACAGGGAGCGUAUGCGAACAUGGCUGCUGCGGGCCAGUACCCUCCACAGCCAGGGCAUGUUCAGCCUCCCAUGUAUGGCAGCAACGCCGUCUAUUCACCUGCCGGGAGCCAUGGCAAUAUGGCGCCACCGUACGGACCCCAGGCGGGCCAGUAUGGUCCUAUGGUCAUGAGCCAACCACCCCAACCGAUGCCUGCCGCCCAGUACGGCAAUGUUCCUCAGCCAAACAUGUAUCAGCAAGGAGGUAUGAGAACGAACAGACAGAGGGCAUCGACCAUGGAACAACAACAAAGUGGUAUCCCAGCUGCUAUUCAACGGGUAGCAAGUCAUCUCGACCCAAGCCAACCCAUCCGCCUUCAACCCAGCCCGGCCUACUACCCGCCUCCCGGUGAAGGGCCCAACAAGGCGGCAGGGGAAAUCGCGAUUUUAUUCGCAAUCUCGAGGAACGCACCCUUGAAGAAGGAUUCAUGGGAAAUCAAAACCCCUGGCAUUGAAAGUCCUACCAAGACCAAUCAUUGGCAUCCAGCAAAGAAGCAGCAGCAAGGACGGUCAGAGGACUGUGGCAGCGUGUUUAUCCCACAACUUGCCGUUUAG